AUCACCGUGGAGCGACCGGCGGAGAGAGAGGUCGAGGAGCGCUCUGCGGCACUGUGCGCUCUCGCGACUGCCCUUGCGCCCAAGAUGGCUGGUAACUUGCGUCCAAGAUGGAGCGAGCACCUCCCGAGGCCCGUCUCGGGUCGGUGAGCCCACGGCGCUGAGUCUGCGGUUGGCGUUGGACAGCCAGCGUGCGACGUGGCGCCGCCCAUGACUCCUCCCCCUCCUCCUCCUCCUCCUCCUCCUCCUCCUCCUCCUCCUCCUCCUCCUCCUCCUCCUCCUCCUCCCCCAGACGCUCCAACCUCCCUGGCAGGGUGGCAGGCCAUCGCGGGGGGGCUCUCGCUCUCUCUCUCUCCCUUCGCCCCGCUUCCAGUCGCGCCCCGGCGCACUCGGCCAUCAUCCCUCCCUGCUCCUGCUCGUCCUUGUUGUUGUCCCCCUCCCAUCUCUCCUUCGGGAGCCUCUGGGCGUGAGGCAGGCCCGCCGUUCGGGCGGCCAGACGGGUCUGGGAGCCAGGGCCCGUGUCGGGCCAGAUUUCUAUCCGGACCGAGCUAGGCCUCCCCCUCCAAAAAAAAACUAGUCCUCGUCCCCGCCUCCUGGUCCUCGGGACGAGGUGGCUCAAGGCGCCGGUAUCCUCCCAGGAGGCGGGGGGGGGGGGCGUCUGCCGCCCCUGGGAUGGGGAAUGGCCCCGACGACGGGGGCGUGCGAGAAGAGGGCGGAGGGGUCCACAUCGAGUUCCGGACGCCAGGGUCGGGGCGCACAACCGCCUACCUGGCCAGGGCGAAGGGGGACGUCCCCGUCGUCCCCAGGCUCGCGGAGGACACGGAGCCAAGGUUCGAUGGCACGAUCGACCAGUUUCGAGAGGGCGUGAAAGACGAGAAGGCCCGGGCGAGACUCCUGAACAAGGUGAAGGUGUGCGCGCAGUGCAAGAAGCCGUGCGCCUUCACGCUGCAGUGCUGCAACGCUUGCGGGUCUAGCUUAGCCGAUGUCCCGGUGUCAUUUAACGAUAACAUUUUCAUGGGUUUUGUACAUGGUAUCAAGAUGGGGAAGUUCCCGUUCAAGAUAUCGAAGACGCACCAAGACGCAAGCUUUUUGUGUUUCGACGACCCGCUGUCGAUGUCGUGCUGUCAUUUGAACGUCGUGCCGACCGAUGUUUAUAUAGCAGACUGGCGGUUUCUCCUCUUGAAUCCUGCCAAGGGUUUGAAACUUGUUACAGAUAUGUUCGAGACAGGGGCAAAGGUCGCAUUGGACCAGUUUUGGGGCAACGAUGAGUUCCGGAGUAAGAUCUUCAACGGCGAGCAGAAACCUCUGAGCACGAAGGAAAUCAUGGAUGUUACGUGUUGUGGUAUGAAUUUCCCGCCAUCGAUGUACCAGCUGCACCUUCAGUUCAUCCACAUGCCUCUCACACCUUUCCACUACAACCAGGCAAGACAGGGCGGGCACUGGCACUACGCCCGCUUCUUCCCACUGGAAUACGUGAUGAAGGCGCUCGAGCUUGGGAGCAAGGCGGAGAUGAAUGUGACCGAGAGCACUUCCAUCGAAGACAUCAUGCAGAAGCUCCAAGAGCAUGGGGUGGUCUACGACAGCGUGCACCGCGAGUUCUUGAACAAGUGUUGGCGCCUGCAGGAGCGAUUCGCGCCGUGGGCUGAGAAGGACUUCGGGUGUCAGAUCAUCAACGGGAGCGUUUUCAACAUGGCCGAAAACAGGAUGGAACUGGACUCUGACCCCCAGUCCAUACAGGCUGAAGACGCCAAGAAGCUCCAGAACUACGGUCGCCCCUACGAUGACGCCGGGAAGCCCACGGGCACAUACUACAAGUACGCCAAGGAGCCUGGCGACGUCGCCGACUUCCGCUGAGCCGGCUCCUUCCGCUCCCCCCCUCCCGCUCGCCCACCCGUUCCCGCGCUGCCUGUCCCCACUCCUUCCCCCCCCCUCGUCGAGGCCUCGAGGCUGCUGCGCAGCCGCCCAUUCUUUUGUGUGCCGCCCGCACGAGUUCUGGCCGAGGUCUGUGCUCGCUCAGGCUGUCGGCGCGUCCCGCCUGGCUUAGCGCAUCCUGUGUUUUGCCGUGCGUAUGUCUUGUUAUGUUCUUAUAUGCCCUCUGCAUGGUUCCUGAUGCGCUGGCGCGCCGGCGCACCUCGGCCCGCCUCCUUUCUUAGUCUCGGGGACCUGCGCUGCCGCGCAGGCGAAAAGCCGCGCUCGUGACGAAUCCGCGCUCACACCUGCACGAGGCCAUGGUUGAGCAUGUGAUCGUGACAAGAAAAAAGCCUUGCCCGAUUAUUUUCCUGGGUGCGUUUGUUGAACGCCUUUGCUUGUCGGGGUGCUUAUCCUGAGGGUGGUAUCUCUGCUCCUAAAUCAACACCCGGUACUGGGGAUACCACAUCCUGUGCCCGCGGCACGGUUGCGGAUAUGCGAGACAAGUUGCCUGCCCCGCAGUUUCCCCGCAGUCCAGCAGGCCGCGGCAUGGGCGACACAGAGCGAACGCCCCGGACGCCCUGAGCAGCGUCUGUGGCACGCCCCCAUCUCCUCUUAGUGUCCUUUGCCUCGAUUCUUCGUCGUCGUCCUCCUCCUCUCCCGAAUCCUCCUCCCUCCUUCGCACGCCCCAGCCCCCGCCCUGCCCGGCGCAGGGUGGGGAGCGGGGGGCUCUACUGGCCGCGCCGCCGCGCUCUUCGGCUAGCUACACCCCGCGCUCUCGGAGCAUGCCUGACUAGCGACGGGCGCCUUGAAAAGGAA